ACCACACAAUCUAAAUAUGAAAGAGCUUUAUAGUUCCAGUUAACCAUGAAAAUAUCUCCCCAGAUAAAACCUCCAGAAGGAGAACAUCCUAAAAAACCCAGUCUUGUUCUUCUUUAGGGGACACAUGAAUUUAAAAAUAUUGAUUUAAACCAGAGAAUAACAGAAAAGACAACAUUAGAGGUAAGAGCUGAUCACAUCUCCUGUAUUUGACAUUAUAUGUUACAUUUACAUAUAUUUGUUUAAUGCUAACAGAGGGAGAAGCAAUCAGCCAAUCAGCAUGCAGACGGCAUUGAUGACAUCACUGAGGGGUUAAUGGAGGGCUUUGAUUAUGAAAGGCUAAGAUAAGAACUUUAAUAACAGAUAUCAGCAGAGACGCUCUCUGCAGAACAACCACAGAGAGAUUUAAUCUGAGGAAUUAGCAUAGAGACGAGGCAAACAGAGGAGAGUCAGCAGAAACACAUGAGACAGAGCCACAGAAUAAAUAUGAACCACCAGAAACACAUGAGACAGAGCCACAGAAUAAAUAUGAACCAUCAGAAACACAUGAGACAGAGCCACAGAAUAAAUAUGAACCACCAGAAACACAUGAGACAGAGCCACAGAAUAAAUAUGAACCAUCAGAAACACAUGAGACAGAGCCACAGAAUAAAUAUGAACCACCAGAAACACAUGAGACAGAGCCACAGAAUAAAUAUGAACCAUCAGAAACACAUGAGACAGAGCCACAGAAUAAAUAUGAACCACCAGAAACACAUGAGACAGAGACACAGAAUAAAUAUGAACCAGAAACACAUGAGACAGAGCCACAGAAUAAAUAUGAACCACCAGAAACACAUGAGACAGAGCCACAGAAUAAAUAUGAACUACCAGAAACACAUGAGACAGAGCCACAGAAUAAAUAUGAACCAUCAGAAACACAUCAGACAGAGCCACAGAAUAAAUAUGAACUACCAGAAACACAUGAGACAGAGCCACAGAAUAAAUAUGAACCACCAGAAACACAUGAGACAGAGCCACAGAAUAAAUAUGAACCACCAGAAACACAUGAGACAGAGCCACAGAAUAAAUAUGAACCACCAGAAACACAUGAGACAGAGCAACAGAAUAAAUACGAACCACCAGAAACACAUGAGACAGAGCAACAGAAUAAAUAUGAACCACCAGAAACACAUGAGACAGAGCCACAGAAUAAAUAUGAACCACCAGAAACAUGAGACAGAGCCACAGAAUAAAUAUGAACCACCAGAAACACAUGAGACAGAGCCACAGAAUAUAUAUGAACCAGAAACACAUGAGACAGAGCCACAGAAUAAAUAUGAACCAGAAACAUAUGAGACAGAGCCACAGAAUAAAUAUGAACCAGAAACACAUGAGACAGAGCCACAGAAUAAAUAUGAACCAGAAACACAUGAGACAGAGCCACAGAAUAUAUAUGAACCAGAAACACAUGAGACAGAGCCACAGAAUAAAUAUGAACCAGAAACACAUGAGACAGAGCCACAGAAUAAAUAUGAACCAGAAACAUAUGAGACAGAGCCACAGAAUAAAUAUGAACCAGAAAUACAUGAGACAGAGCCACAGAAUAAAUAUGAACCAGAAACACAUGAGACAGAGCCACAGAAUAAAUAUGAACCACCAGAAACACAUGAGACAGAGCCACAGAAUAAAUAUGAACCACCAGAAAUACAUGAGACAGAGCAACAGAAUAAAUAUGAACCAGAAACACAUGAGACAGAGCCACAGAAUAAAUAUGAACCACCAGAAACACAUGAGACAGAGCCACAGAAUAAAUAUGAACCAGAAACACAUGAGACAGAGCCACAGAAUAAAUAUGAACCAGAAACACAUGAGACAGAGCCACAGAAUAAAUAUGAACCACCAGAAACACAUGAGACAGAGCCACAGAAUAAAUAUGAACCACCAGAAACACAUGAGACAGAGCCACAGAAUAAAUAUGAACCACCAGAAACACAUGAGACAGAGCCACAGAAUAAAUAUGAAUAUGAAAUAAAUAUGAACAGCUUUAACUGUACAUCUGUAAACUAACAACAGUAGGUCAGAUGUGUAUUUAUUGUCUAUAUCUGUGUGAUAGCUGUGGUAAAUCAGACGUGACAGAA